AUGACCGACAAGGCAACCAAGGCUCAAGCUACCUGGUCAUUCUGGAUCCUAGAGCAAGCCACUCAGUCAAUCAGCGUUAUGGAUGCAAUUCUAGGUACCUCUGCAUCUCACCUUCAGCACGUCGGCAAGUUCAAGACAAAGCUUUUGUUGAUCUCGCACAGAUAUAUGGCUCGUGCCAUAGAAAUUCAUAAGAAGGAUCUAGAGGAAGGGCUAAAUAAGUCUAAUAUUUCCAGAGUCAUUGCAACUUGUGCACUUAUCUGCAUGCAUGCCAACCUGAGAGCAUACUCUGUUGAGAGCCAUAGCAGCCAACGGCAGCCGCACGACUGGUUUACCUCAUCGCGUAGGGCUUUAAACCUUUUUCAGAGGGUUUCCACGAUGAUUGAGAAUCCCUCUAUUGGACAAGAGUUCUCAACUCUCUCAUCCAUCAUUCCCCACGAGAUCAACCCGAACCCUUUAAGCUUUUUACUCUAUUGGAACCCUCUACCAGCGUUACCAAACCAAGAAGAGAUUAAUAUUUGCGUGCCAGCAGUAGCCAGUCUCUCUUAUAUCUAUAACGAACUAGAUAGAGAAAAGCCUCUGCGAUUUCCCAUUGCUGUUUCGGACAGCUUUGUAAACCUCGUCGCGGCAAAGAAUCCUCGGGCUUUGGCCAUAUGUGGUUAUUUCUUUAUGGUAGUAAAGCUGGGGCGACAAAUCUGGUGGAUUGAUGGUGCACCGGAACGCGAGUUUGAUCUGGUUAUGAGGUGUUUGCCAAGAGACUGGUGGUUACUUAUGGACUGGGCCAUUCGAGUUUUUGAGUGGAAGGAUAGGGCUUUAGUACAAUAG